AUGUCGGCCUUCAGUCGCACCUUGUGCAGUACCGCUUCACGAAACCUCCGCUCACGGUCUGGCGUUGUAAGCAGAGCUAUCAGGCCUAUUGCCGCUCGCGCUGCUGCUCCUUGCUCGAUCCUUACUUCACGUAUCACGCCCACGUCUUCCUUUUCCACCAUGGCAGCACUGAGGAGCGCCGCACCGCCUGUCCAGGCCAAGCGCGAGUACGAUCCUGAAAUCAAGGACAUGGCUAGCUACAUCCACAACACGCCAAUCGACUCUGAGCUUGCUUUCGAUACGGCACGAUGGGUCUUUGUUGACACCCUCGGCUGCGGUCUCGAGGGUCUCCGGUUCGAACAGUGCAGAAACAUCCUUGGCCCCGUCGUCGAGGGCACCGUUGUGCCCAACGGCGCCAAGGUUCCAGGUACCUCAUACCAGCUCGACCCCGUCAAUGCUGCCUUCAACAUUGGUGCAAUGAUCAGAUGGCUCGACUUCAACGACUGCUGGCUGGCUGCGGAGUGGGGUCACCCCUCUGACAACCUGGGUGCUAUCCUCGCAACCGCCGACUGGAUUACCCGUACGAACAAGGCAGGAGGCAACCUUGGAAAUGGCAAAAUCUUCAAGGUCCGAGAUGUGCUUGAGGCCAUGAUCCGGGCCCAUGAAAUCCAGGGUUGCAUGGCCCUGGAGAACUCGUUCAACAAGGUCGGACUGGACCAUGUUAUUCUUGUCAAGCUUGCGUCCACGGCUGUCGUGUCCAAGAUGAUGGGCCUCAACGAGUCGCAGACCCGCGAUGCCAUUUCCCAAGCUUUUGUUGAUGGACAGAGCAUGCGCACCUACAGGCACUCGCCCAACACCAUGUCCCGCAAAUCAUGGGCUGCUGGUGAUGCGUGCCAGACUGCUGUCAACCUGGUCUUGAAGGUGCUCAAGGGUGAGCAGGGUCUGCCUACUGUUCUGUCUGCCCCUACCUGGGGCUUCUACGACGUCAACUUUGGCGGCAAGCCAUUCCAGUUCCAGCGGGGAUACGGAAGCUACGUCAUGGAGAACGUUCUCUUCAAGGUCUCCUAUCCUGCCGAGUUCCACUCGCAAACCGCCGUCGAGGCUGCCCAGCGUCUGAACAAGAAGCUCAAGGAAAUGGGCAAGACGGCUGCAGACAUUGAGGGUGUCGUCAACAGGACCCACGAAGCCUGCAUCCGCAUCAUUGACAAGCAAUUCAAGCCCAUGGAGAACUUUGCCGACCGUGACCACUGCGUCCAGGUAAGCUCAGCUAGCCCUCAAACCUUUCAGACCAACACUAACCCACCUCCCAAACAGUACAUGGUAGCAACCAUGUUCGUCUUCAACCGCCUUGAAGCCACUGACUACCCCGACGACUCGGAAGCCGCUACGUCGGAACUGGUGGAGUCCCUGCGCCAACGCAUCUCCUGCGUCGAAGACCCACAAUUCACAAAGGACUACCACGACCCGGAGAAGCGCACAAUCUCCAAUGCGCUUACCGUGACGCUCAAGGACGGCACUGUGCUGGACGAGAUGGUUGUCGAGGCGCCGCUGGGCCACCGCCUACGUCGCGAAGAGGCCAAGCCCGAGAUUCUGAAGAAGUACAAGAGGCAUUUGGCACCGCACUACCCGGCCGAACAUGUGGAGAAGUUGGUCAAGCUGGCGCAGGAUGCCAAGACGAUUGAUAAUAUGGAUGUGGAUGAGUAUGUGGACUUGUAUGUUAAGAAAUAG